UCACGAAAUGCUGUUCACUUUGUUCAACUACUACUGCAUCGUGGGCUUUUAUGCGUUAGGAGUUUUGAUUGCAACAUGUGCCUUUGAACUGUUUUUCUAUGCAGCAUAUUUGAAUGAUUUGCGGACCACACCGACAAACGGCGAGUAUGAUUAUAUCAUCGUUGGAAGUGGGACGGCUGGUAGCUGGAUUUCGGCUCGUAUUCCCUCGGACAAUGUGCUCAUCUUAGAAGCAGGUCCCAGGAGGAAUGGUUUGAUGGACAUUCCACUCAUUUUACCACUGCUGCAAGGUACACAAUAUGAUUGGCAAUACCUUACAGAACCACAAACACAAUCAUGCUGGGCUAUGAAUGAAAAUCGCAGUCGUUGGCCAAUGGGUAAAGUAGUCGGUGGCACGCAUAUGUUCAACAACAUGAUUCACUUUAAACCGGACCGCAAGGAUUUCUCCCGUUGGUUUGAAAAAACCCAAGAUUUGGAUCGCUUCCUGGAGUUUUUCGAACAUAACCUAUGGUCAAAUGUGGAACGUGGGUUUACCACCGAGCUAGGACGAGUUUUCAUCGAUGCCGCGAAAAACCUCGGGUUCAGAGAUGAGGAAUUUUUCCAACCAUGGCUUACGACACGGCACGGAAGAAGAUGGACGACGGCCCACGAGUAUGAAGCAGCCCAGCGUACCGGGCACGAAAGAAUGACAAAUGGUAUGGUAGAAAAGGUAAUCGUUGAUGAGCAAGGAAUCGCUAAAAGCGUGCUGGUUUCCCGAGCGGGACAGCAGUUUCGGGUAAACGCUAGGAAAGGAAUUAUAUUAACUGCCGGAACGAUCGGCUCAGCUAAAAUACUGCUUCACAGUGGUAUAGGUUCACGAUCGGAACUGGAACAGCUGGGGAUGGAAACAAUUAUCAAUCUUCCACAAGUUGGAAAAAACCUUCAAGAUCAUAUAGGUACCGGAUCGGAGCUGCUUUUAAUAAGGAAUUCCUUGAACCUACAUCCACUUGAUCUCGUUCAUCCUAAAAAUCUUCUAAAUUACUUCACAAACAAUCAUCGCCAAUCGUCUCUUACGUUCGGUGGAUGUGAAGCAGUUGGUUUUGUGUCUUUCGGUAGCAAUUACACGAGUGAUCUUCAAUUCAUGGUGCUUCCAGUCGGUCUUACUUCCGACGGUGGUGUACACUUGCGGAAGAUAGUUAACAUAAAAGAUUCCGUUUGGCAGGAUUAUUAUGAACCACUGUUGAGUAUGGGACAGUCUGCCGUCACUGUUUUACCGAUUCUCCUGCACCCAAAAAGCAAGGGACAAAUAUCUCUCCGAAGUGCGAAUGUAAGGGACACUCCAGUUAUCAAUCCCAAUUAUUUAUCUUCUAAAGCUGACGUAAAUGCACUCAUCAAAGGAAUUCGUCUGCUGCAAACGAUAACUCAACAACCGUCUGCGAGGAAAAUGGGGCUAGAAUUUAACCCGAAACAGUUCCCUGGCUGCACGAUGCAACCGUUCGAUAGUGAUGCGUACUGGGAAUGUUAUAUUCGUUCCGUUACACAUACUGUUUAUCAUCCGGUGGGUACAUGCAGGAUGGGAAAUGCAAGCGACGAUUCGGUGGUGUCAUCCGGUGAUCUUCGCGUCCAUGGUGUUCAUAAUUUGUUCGUGGCGGAUGCUUCCGUUAUGCCGAGUCUACCAAGUGGAAAUCCCAACUCGAUUGCAAUGGCAAUCGGCGAGUACUUUGUACGAUCGAAUUUUCGGUGA